UUAUGGCAGGAAAUUAGCUCCAUACCCAGCCACCGUAGUGUCGUGUCAGGUGGGCGUGUCGUGUAGUGUCCGCGGCCGCAGCUAGACCAUAUUGUUAUAAACGGGAAUGAUUUCAGAAAGGUGAUGAAGUAAAGAGACACAUACGUGCAUCUGAGUAGAAUUAGCGCAAAGAAAAACAACGAACACUUGUCUCGUUCAGUGUUAGCAGCAGCGCAACUCUGAGGCGUUUCUCCUCAUCACAGCCGAAAUGUCCCUCCGAUACCACGACAAAGUUGUUAUUGUGACUGGAGGGUCCAAAGGGAUUGGCAGAGGGAUUGUCAAAGUCUUUGUGGAGAAUGGAGCCAAGGUGGUGUUUUGUGCUAGAGGAGGUGCAGUAGGUGAGGCUCUGGAGGCAGAGUUAAACAAAGCAGGGCCAGGCUCAUGCAAGUUUGUCACAUGUGACAUCUCCAAAGAUGACGAUAUCAAGAGAUUGAUUGCAGUCACAGUGGAGCAUUAUGGACAUGUUGACUGCCUGGUCAACAAUGCAGGGUGGCACCCCCCUCAAAAACCCACUGAUGACACCACAGCAGAAGAGUUCAGGGAUCUGUUGAAUCUGAACCUCAUCAGCUACUUCUUGGCUUCAAAAUGUGUGCUGCCGUACCUACGACAGCGUCAGGGAAACAUCAUAAAUGUCUCCAGUCUAGUGGCAACCAUCGGUCAGAAAAAUGCUGCACCAUAUGUUGCCACCAAGGGGGCGAUAAUCUCCAUGACAAAGGCGAUGGCUGUGGAUGAGAGUCGCUACAAUGUGAGAGUGAACUGCAUCUCCCCAGGUAAUGUGCUGACACCUCUGUGGGAAGAAUUAGCAGGACACUCACCAGACGCUGCAGCGACCAUUCAAAUGGGAGAAAAUUGUCAGCUGAUGGGUCGUAUGGGGACGGAGGCUGAGUGCGGACUGGCUGCCUUGUAUCUGGCUGCAGAUGCUACGUUCUGCACCGGGAUCGACCUGUUGCUCAGCGGGGGGGCUGAGCUCGACUACGGCUACAAGAGUCAGAUCCCUUCCUGACUGCUUCCUUGUGGUUGUAGUAAAGAUGGUUAACAGAUUUAAUUGUUUAAUGCAGAUUUUACAUAAUUGUUCAAAUAUUUUAUGUCUCUUGUGUUGCUUUUAGCCAAGUUAUUUUUUAAACGUCAAAAUAGAAAAAGAAGGUUGGCAUACUAUAGACUAACAAAUCACAAUUUAAACCUUUUCAAUCAAACCUCUUUGUAGACUGCAGAUGGCCCAGAGAAGAAAUUGCAAAUAAAAAUGUAUACUUUUGUUAUUAUUGAAGUGCCAAAACUAUUUACAUUGUAAAAUACAAUUAAAAUAUCUGAAUUAUACUGUUAAAACAUUAAUAUAACCAAUGCUUUUAACAUUUUCAAAUGAUUGUGUUUGUAUUUUCAUUCAAUCAAAUAAAAAGUGAGAUUUCAUUUAUUAGAUGACCAA